AUGGAAACGAUCCCGGCGGGCUGGUGUGUGACCUUCAAGUUUCGAGAUGAUCAUCCUGAAUUCCUGACCGUAUACGUGGAGAAGCAGCAGCUGAAACCUCGUGAUGAUCCAGAUCAUGCUGGCAACCCUCCGGGAAAUCCUCCACGAAAUCCUCCUAAGCCCAAAGGACGACGACCCCCGGAGCAUGAUUAUCUUGGACCCGACGAUAUCCCACGACCCGAAACGUCUCCAACUUCCUCGGCGUCUCCAGGAACACCGGAUGGCAUCGAGCUUCCCACUGCUUCUACCGAUAAGCCCCGUCGGAGCAAGAAGAAGGACAAGAAAAACAAGGCGAAGGAAAAGGUUCAUCCUGGACAAAUGAGAAAACCCGAAGAUGAUCCGAAGGGCAAGGUGGAAGCGCCGGGCGAUGCAAAGAACAAGGCCCCUCCGAAGUUGGAUGAUGAAGGCUCUCGGUUCAAGGAAAAGGCAAUGAAGUUGGUCCGCACCCACGUGCUCCUUGUGAACGAGGAUGUGAAUGUGAAGGGAAUGACAAAAGCCCUUCGUGAAACUAAAGUCCCUGAAUGGAAGGGCGAGGUUUCGCAACUGCAAGAUCAGAUACCCGGCUUCAGAUGUUUGGAACGGAACGACUACAAUCAUCAACUAAUUCAAUUACACCCCAAAUUAAAUAUUCAAUAA